AUGGAAAAAGUCACCUCCACUGAAGCUACUGCAGGUAGUUUUGAAAGUGACUUGGAAGCACUGACCAGUGGAUCUGAGGAUUGCAGCAAACGCAAUUCUCUGGCCUCAACUAAGCGCCUUUUAUUCAAGACGGUUGGUAAACAAGAUAGCAAUGAUUUUAGCCAGGACUACCAUGGAAUUAAAUCAUAUCUGCACAACUUCUAUGAUGCUCACUUCUACAAAGAUCCAUCUAUCUAUGAAGAGGAUGAUUCCUUUCAAUACUUGCUGCAUCCUCAAAACCGACGCCAGAAAUGCCCACCAAUUUGGUGGAAGAUAUUCUUGUGGUUAGGUGCCAAUUUGUUAUUCUUUGGGGUUGUUGGAAUUCUCAUCGGUUACUUGGUUCCUCAGCGAACAGUCAUAAUUGAUAUCAAUGACAGCACCAAAAUUGCCAUGGUAGACAGGGAUGCUGAACGCUAUAACAAAAUGCUGGACAUUAGUAAAGUUGUUGGACUGAUUGUUUUCUGUUCAGGAGCUGCUAUUUUUUCACUAGCUUUGCUCUUUCCAAGUUUUUUCACAAGUUAUUGUGAGGAUGACAUUUGUGAUUCAAUGGACGAGUCUUUCCAUAUUAAUAUCAGUGAAAUGGACAAAACACCUCUUAGCCCAAUGGAAAUGACCAUACCAGUGACCGCUCAAACCAAGAAUAUUCAACCCAAUAUUCCACCUCCAACAAGUAUCUUGCUGUCUGACGAUUUGAUCCUUAUGAAAGACUAA